AUGUCAGAAAGGGAAGAAAAGGAACUUAUUAAGAAAAGAGCUAGUUUCAAGGGACGGUUAACUGGGUUUGCUAAAUACAUCAAUGACUUGAGAGAUACAUUAAGCCACCAACAGGUACAUGAAUUGCAGCUAAGAAUAGGUAAGAUUGAAUCUUUGUAUAAUCAAUAUGAUGAGGUGCAAUUAAAAUUAGAAUGUCUUGUUGAUGAUUUACAAUCACAAUGUUCAGAGCGAGAAGAGUUUGAAUCUAAUUAUUAUAAACUUCUGUCACAGGCACAAGAUAUUUUAUCUAUGAAUUCAAAGUUACUAAGUAAUGACAACACAGACGGUUCUCGAAUAAACAACCAUCAGCUGGUUAAAUUACCUACAAUUAACUUACCGAAGUACCAGGGCUCCUACGAUAAUUGGUUAGAGUUCCACGACACAUUUUCUAGUCUUAUACAUUCGAACGAUAAUAUGGAUGAAAUUAAUAAGUUCCAUUAUCUCCGAGCCUCUCUGGAAGGUUCAGCUGCAGUCAUUAUUCAGUCAAUUGAGUUUUCAGCAAGUAACUAUGCUGUUGCUUGGCAGUUACUGUGUGAUAGAUAUAAUAAUAAGCGUUUGCUUAUUCAAAACCAUGUAAACAACUUAUUUAAUGUUGAAUCUAUUAAAAAUGAGUCUUCGGUUAGUCUUAAGCGGUUAAUUGACCAGCUGAAUAAAAGUCUAUGCGCAUUAGAAUCCCUUGGUGAACCCAUUAAGCAAUGGGACACUCUUCUCAUUCACAUCAUGACACGUAAAUUAGAUCAUAAAACAUUCCGGGAAUGGGAGGAAUUCAAAGGACGCUUAAACAAAAAUGACCCCAUAAAACUCAUUGUUUUCUUGGAAUUUAUUAGGGACCGCGCGGAUCUUUUGGAAACAUUAGAAUCAACCCGUAGUAAUGUUGCAAACCACAUGUCUAAACCUACAAGCAAAUUAAAAGCACUCAUGUCUGUAGCUUCACCUCCAAUAUUGCAUAACAAUAAUAAUAAUAUUUCUAUUAUAAAACCAUGCCCUAAGUGCAAGGGAGAGCACCAGUUACUAAGUUGUCCUCAGUUCUUGGCCCUCACUAAUGAACAAAGAUUGGAAUUAAUUCCACAAAUAAAGGUUUGUUACAACUGUUUGCGUCCUGGACAUUAUUCAAAUCGUUGUAAAAAAAAUGGGUGUAAAUUAUGCAAGCGUAAGCAUAACACCUUAAUUCAUGUAUCAGAAUUUAAACGAACAAAUGCAAAUAUUUUACCAAAUGCGGGUAAUGCUGCGGAGAACUAUGAGUCUAACCUAUCAGCUUCUUCGGGUAAUAAUGGGCAAGGAUCUACAAACUUAACACUCACUACUUAUUGUGCUGAUACAUCUUUAGAAGUGAAUCAAGAUGUCUUAUUGUCAACUGCUCAAAUAAGUAUAAAUGAUUAUUAUGGUAAUCCCCACAUUGUCAGAGUUCUAUUAGAUUGUGCCAGUUCAUCUUGUAUUAUUACUGAGAAAUUAUGUAACUCAUUAAAUUUAGAAUAUAUCAAUAUUGAUAAACCAAUAUUUGGCAUUAAUAAAACUCAAACCACUACGAGAAAAAUGUGCAGAGUCCUAAUUAACUCUUUGAAUGAGAACUAUUCGAAACAUCUUCUCUGUUAUGUAUUGCCAUCUAUAACAGAUGACAUACCUUGCCGCUCUGUUAAUGUUUCACACAUAAAAAUACCUGAUGAUAUUGCCCUCGCUGAUCCACAGUUUUAUAAGGCGUCUGCAGUAGACAUGAUAAUUGGUAGUAAUAUAUUCUGGGAAUUACUCGGAUCACGAAAAAUAAGUUUAGGAAUGAAAAAACCGAUUCUCUGGGAGACGCGACUGGGUUGGUUGGUCGCGACAGGACCCCUUUAUAAUGGACAGGAGUCUUCUCUUAGAUGCAACCUCACGACAUUAGAUACAAGUACUCAUAGCAAUAUUGAAAAUAAUGAUGUUCAGAGUCUAUUAUCAAAAUUUUGGCAGUUGGAGGAUGUAGGUUCUAAGUCCUCUUAUUCAGAAGAAGAGCAAAGAUGUGAAGAACACUUUGUAAAAAAUACAAUCCGUCUUCCAAAUGGACGAUUCUGUGUUAGAAUUCCCUUAAAACAGUCUCAUAAGGUAUUAGGUAACUCAUUUCAGCGAGCAAAACGGUGCUUGCAUUCAUUAGAGUACAGGUUUAAAACCCAGCCAGCCUUUCGAGAUAGCUAUGUUGCAUUCUUGUCAGAAUAUCAUUCACUCGGACACAUGACCGAGUGCAAAUUAAAUAUUGAUUCUACAUCUUAUUUUAUUCCUCAUCAUGGGGUGUUGAACGCAAACAGCACCACUACUAGUCUUAGAGUGGUCUUUAAUGCAAGUAGCCCUACUUCCUCAGGGGUGUCCUUUAAUCAGAUUCAAAUGGUAGGACCAACAGUCCAAGACGACCUGCUCUCUAUUUUACUUCGGUUUAGAUUUUAUAAGUAUGUGUUAGCUGCUGAUGUAGAAAAAAUGUAUCGGCAGGUGAUUGUUCACCCUGAUGACAGGCAUCUUCAACAAAUCCUAUGGCGUAAACCAGAGGAAUCUGAAGUAAAAGCCUAUCAACUCAACACUGUCACUUAUGGUUGCUCAAGUGCCAGUUAUCUAGCUACUAGAUGUUUAAAACAAAUUGGCCUUGACUGCAACGAUAAAAAAGUGUCUGAAAUUAUUAUUCAUGACUUCUAUGUUGAUGACUUAUUAACAGGAUCUGAUUCCAACCAGGAGGCCUUAAAUAUAAAGAAAGCUAUCACGGCAGAGCUGGCAUCCGCGGGAAUGGUGCUGCGUAAGUGGAAAUCCAAUGGGUCUCAGCUUGUUAUUCCGGACCAGUCUAACUCGUCUCUUAAUUUGAAUAUGGGAUUUGAACCCAGCAAGACAUUGGGUCUGGGAUGGUCGCCUGAUACUGAUAACUUGUACUUCAAAAUUAAUUUGGAAUUACCUAAAGUUUCGACCAAGCGGGAAUUACUAUCAGUAAUCGCCCAGGGUGAUGUUUUGGUGAAGUUGCUCUUAGCCAAGAGCAAGGUCGCUCCAAUAAAGCCAACUACGAUCCCCAGACUUGAGCUCUGUGCCGCUCUAGUCGGAGUGCGUCUCUAUGAAAAGGUAAUGUCAUCCCUCAGAGUAAAUGUUAAACGUACCAUUUUCUGGACUGACUCUACAAUUGUACUGGGGUGGCUUAAAAUGUUACCGAAUAAGCUACAACCGUUUGUCUGCAAUCGAGUUGUAGAAAUUUUGGAAAAAACCGAGCACAGUGUCUGGCGACAUGUACCCACUGACAAAAAUCCUGCUGAUCAUAUCUCUCGCGGUGUCAAGGCUAGUGAGUUGCAGGAGCUCGACCUGUGGUGGUCUGGGCCCCCUUUUUUAAAGCAGGAGGAGUCUCAGUGGCCUCUAAAUCCACUUAAUUGUUCGCAACUUCCCGAAGUUCGACCUGAAAUUUCGCUACAUAUCACCAAAGGAAAACCUACGGACAUUUUCUCUGAUAAUGGCACUUCAUUUGUUAGUGCUUACAAUGAAAUAAAUGAAUUUUUAAAGAAUGACUGCAGUUCAUUGGCUGAUGGUUUGGCUAAUGAGGGUAUCUCUUUUCAUUUAUGUCCCCCUUAUUCUCCUCAUUUUGGGGGUCUUUGGGAAGCCGGUGUUAAAGCAAUUAAGCAUCAUUUAUAUAGAGUAUUGGGCAAUUGUAAUUUAACGUUCGAGGAAUUGAUCACUGUCCUUACUCAAAUUGAAGCAAUUCUGAAUUCAAGACCGCUUACGCCUCUCUCAGAUGAUCCAAAUGAUUUGUCUCCGCUUACGCCAGCCCACUUUCUGAUAGGAACACCGCUAACUGCACUUCCAGUUGCUGAUCAUAAAGGCCGCCCUUUAACACAUCUAAAUCGAUUUCAAAGACUAGAACAACUACGCCAACAUUUUUGGGCCAGAUGGUCUAAGGAAUAUGUCAGUGAACUACAGCAAAGGAGCAAAUGGUACUCUAAGGAACCAGAUUUACAGCUGAAUAGUUUGGUGGUUGUGAAGGAGGACAAUUUGCCUCCCUUAAGAUGGAAAAUGGGCCGCAUUGUUGCAGUUUAUCCCGGGACCGAUGGCAUUAAUCGCGUUGCAGAUGUGAAGACUUCUAAUGGCGUAGUCAGAAGAUCAUUCAGCAAGAUUUGCCCUCUGAUCGACACUUCUUGUUGA